UGUUGACCCCAAGUCUACGUGCAGUGCAAAGACCAAAGAGCAUGGCGAGGCCGCACGCCGUGGUGGUGCCGUACCCGGGCUCCGGCAACAUCAACCCGGCGCUGCAGCUGGCCCAGCUGCUGCGCCGCCAUGGCGUCUUCGUCACCUUCGUCGUCACCGAGAACAACCUCCGCCGCGCGGAGGCGGCCGCGGAGGGCGCGGCGCGGGGGCGCGAGGGGUUCCGGGUCGAGACCAUCCCGGACGGGCUGGUGGACGCCGACCGGGACGCGCAGGACUACGACCUCGGCCUGUCCAAGGCCACCGUCGACCACGGCGCCGCGCCGCUGAGGGAGCUCGUCGCGCGGCUCCGCGGCGGGAGCACGCCGGGCGUGCCGCCCGUGACGUGCGUCCUGCCGACGACGCUGAUGAGCUUCGCGCUGGACGUGGCGCGCGAGCUCGGCGUCCCGUCCAUGGUGCUCGUGGCCUUCGGGGCGGCACCGCUGAUGGCGCACAUGAGGCUACGGGAGCUCAAGGAGAGAGGCUACCUGCCACUCAAAGACGAGAGCUGCUUGACAAACGGCUACCUGGAGACGACCAUCGACUGGAUUCCGGGCAUGCCGCCGAUCAGCCUCGGCGACGUCUCGAGCUUCGUCCGCACCACCGACCCCGACGACUUCGGCCUGUGGUUCAACAUCACGGAGGCCAACAACUGCACCAAGGCCAGCGCCAUCAUCAUCAACACCUUCGACGCCCUCGAGGCCGACGUCCUCGCCGCCCUCCGCGCCGAGUACCCGCGCAUCUACACCGUCGGGCAGCUGGGCACCAUGCUCCGCCGAAGCCACCUCGAUGAAGAAGCCAGCGACGGCUCGAUUGACCUGAGCCUGUGGAAGCAUGACACCGAGUGCCUGUCCUGGCUGGACGCGCAAGAACCGGCCUCCGUCGUGUACGUCAACUUCGGCAGCCUCACGGUGCUCACCGCCGACCAGCUCGCCGAGUUCGCGUGGGGCCUUGCGGAGACGGGCCACCCAUUCCUGCUGGUGGUCCGGGAGGACCUCGUCCACGGCGGCGGCGCGUUGCCGCCGGAGUUCCUUGCGGAGACAGCUGAGCGGUGCCGCGUUGUCACGUGGUGCCCGCAGGAGCAGGUGCUGCGCCACUGCGCCGUGGGGUGCUUCCUGACGCACUGCGGCUGGAACUCCAUGCUCGAGAGCAUCGCCGCCGGCGUGCCCAUGGUGUGCUGGCCGGUGUUCGCGGAUCAGUACACCAAUCGCAAGUACGCCUGCGAGCUGUGGGGCGUCGGCCUCCGGCUGGAUGAAGAGGUGAGGAGGGAGCAGGUCGCCGGCCGCGUCAGGGAGGCGAUGGAGAGCGAGGAGAUGCGGAAGAGCGCGGCGAGAUGGAAGGCGGAGGCGGAGGCUGCCGCGUGCCCCGGCGGGUCGUCACGUGAGAACUUGUUGGGCUUGGUGAAAGCGCUUAAAGAAGGAUCACUCAACACCGAAGCAUGAUUGCGUGAAAGAGAAAGUGUGGGAAGGGAGUAAACCCAAGUCUGUUGAAACUAGAAAGGGAAAAAUAAGUUUAUUCGGAUUUGUUCGAAAUUAGACGUAAAUACAAAGCACUUUGCCAUUGUAUCAAAUAAAGUUGG